UUAAGGCCCGUGCCCAUAAAAGCUGCAAGUUGAUUGGCUAAACAUUUCUCGGAACUAGAACUUGGAGCAAGUUCUAGGCAUCCUGGACACAAAUCUAAAGGCAUUCUCCAAUCCAGUUGACGAAUUUUACAACAGUUGCAAACGUUGCGAAGCAGCUCUCUCCGCAGAACGCAUGCGCGUUGAGAAAGAGCGGCUCUCUUUUAUCAACGACGAUAAUAUACGGUUGGUAGACGUUUCGUUGGCUGCUUUCGCACUCGCAUAUGCUCAAUCCGGGUCAGUGCUCAGCGCUUCAGUCCACUUCAGUCGAAGACAGAACGUGCCUGCGCGCGGGUGUGUCGUUUGACGUUUGGUGUCGCCGUUGACGAUACACUCAUCGGCGUCGCGCGGUUAUCGGUCGCUGUGGGACGCGAUCGGCAAGCCUCACCUCGGCGAGGAGUCUCGGCUGCGACGACAAUCGCGCGUGUCCGCGGCAUCGGUGUCCCAAGAUACCCGUUGAUCGGGAGAUCGCGCGGCGGGAGAAGUCGCCGGCGAGAACCGCGAGAGUUCCCGUCCCGGAUCCCCGGUGACGCUCGCGAGGGCGGGCUCGUUGAUCUUUUCGCGUGGUCGGCGAGAGCGAUCGGCGACCCGGCGUGACGUGCGGGCGGGACGCGCGGCACGGCGCGUCACGUCGCGGCGCGACGUGGCGCGGCUCGGCUUGGCUCAGCCCAGCCUGGGCCUCGGCGCCGUUCUGCUCCAACGGACACGGAGCCAGCAACGCCGCGUACACAUACGCCGUCCCAGCCGUGAGGACGGACGGGCGUCCGCGAGGGGAGAAGUAGGGGGACUCGCGGCACGGCGGGUUAGCCGCGGAUCGUGCGCGCGCGGAGGAGAAUGAACGAGCGACUGAGCUUCUCAGCGUCCCGUAGCCAUCGUCAUCACCGUCACCACCAUCGUCGCCGUGGUCACCGUCCCGCGAUCGCCGGUUCCUCCGCCGAGGAGUGGCCCGAACAUUUUUGACACGAGUGCACCGACCACCGUCGUCGUCGUCGUCGUCGCCGACGCCGACGCCGUCGCCGCGGGCGACGGCACUAAGCGACCGCGGCCGAGCGCACGCGAUCGGCAGGACUGUUCGCGAACCAGGCGAGAAUGAACGGCUUCAGCACCGGCGAGGAGGACUCGCGGGGCGCGGCGGAUCAGAUCUGCUGCCUCGUCGACGAGGGCGAGCGGUGCUCCCGCCCGGCCGGCAACGCGUCCUACAGCAAGCGCAUACAGAAGACCGUCACCCAGCGGCGGCUCAAGCUCAAUCUCGAUCACAUGGCACGCCACAUAUACAUCUGUGAUUAUCACAAGCAAGUGAUCCAGUGUGCCAGGACCAAGCAGCAGCAGCAACGGAGGCGCAAGGACUCCGAAGAGGACUCGGGCGAGACCGACAACGACCUCCCGGAAGUCGACCUCUUCCAAUUGCAAGUCGGCACACUGAGGCGAUACAAGAGGCACUACAAAGUCUCCACCCGACCGGGCCUCAAUAAGGCUCAGUUAGCGGAUACUCUCAUGAAGCAUUUCAAGACCAUCCCCGUUGUGGAGAAGGAGGCUCUCAGCUUCUUCAUAUAUACAGUUAAGACCAACGCGAACAAGUUGGACCAAAAGAACGGCUUGAGCAGCAGCGACACAACGUAACGUUGUACAGCAAGAAUUGUAUAUCGUCCUUGUAAUUAGACAUUAACUAUGUGAUAAGUAUAAUAUAAUAUCGAUUUCCACUUGUUAGUAUAACAAGUAGAAAUUUAGUAGUCUUUUUAUAAGUUGCGAAAUAUUAAAAAAUAUACAUGUAUAUGAUAAAAUUAAUGUAUAUACAAUAUAUGCAUAUACGUAUGUGUAUAUAUAUAGUUAUAUAUACAUAUAUGUGUGUGUAUAUGCUGUGCGAUGUGGCACAAUAUACUUACGUAUAUGUAUUUCAAUACCGAAGUUAUAUCGUUAUUUUAUUUUCCAUCGCACUUCUCGUACGUAGAAAUUGGCACGAUGUAAAAAUGUACAAAAUAAAGUCGCGCUCGCGAUUCCGUUUUAGAAAUCGCGAGUGACGAUGGGAAUACUUUGGGAAUAUCUGCCCGGAAAAGGCAGAUACGCAAUUAUUACGAUAAAAAUAAAUGACAUCUGUGAAUCCGCAAUGCGCUUUUAUUUACUUUACCUUUAUUGAAAAAAAAAGAAAAUACAUAGAAUAUACGUUCUGUCGUUUUGGGAUCUUGAGAUAUAAUUUCCCUGAUAUAUUUAUAUAUCUAUGCUUAAAGUAUGAAUAUGUGUAGCGUCCGAUAAGACAUGUAUAAAGACCGCAAUUCUCUUUCUGCUCUUGUUUUACUUUCUAUUGUAUCCACAUGCUCGUUAGCAGUGCGGACAUUGUCAUGAAUUAUUAACUCGCUUUUCCGAUGGAUUCAUUGACAAAGAUUUUGUCUUUAUUGAUAAUUUAUCAAUCCCUCUAGCCCCUUUGAUAAAGAUUUUCAUUUGUUCGUGGAGAUGAAAAAAAUUCACAUGUAAAUUUAAUUUGUUAAAAAUAUCCACAGUGGGUGAAGAAACGUAUGGAGUUCCUCAAAUAUAAAAAAGUCAUCGACGCGUAUCGCUUUCUACUUGAUAACUUAUUGUAAAACAAAAUCCAUUCAGUUACAUGUUCAGAAGACAUAACGAAGAAAUCAAAAAGUCUAAUCAACAAAAUACUUGAGUAAUAUUACAGCGGUGAAAGAAAGAUUUCAACGUUAUGCAUUAUUUUGAUUUCACAGUUUGUUUCUUUGAACUGUUCAAAG